AUGUCUGGGUGGAGGUACCUCAUCUGUGUCAGCACUUUGCUGAUCAUUCUCCUUGAAAUGACAUGCCAGGGACCUCCUGGCCCCCCUUCAUCAAACACAAAGCUGUUGAUGACGAGCUAUUCCAUGCGCUCCACUGUGGUGUCUCGCUAUGCCCACACCUUUGUCACAUCUGUCCUGUUCAAUCCACAUGCUGAAGCCCAGGAAGCUAUCUUUGACCUGGAUCUGCCUCGCCUUGCCUUUAUCUCCAAUUUCACCAUGACCAUCAACAAUAAAGUCUAUGUUGCAGAAGUCAAAGAGAAGGACCAGGCAAAGAAAAUCUACGAGGAAGCCCAUCGGCACGGAAAGACAGCUGCUCACGUAGGCAUCAGAGACCGGGAAUCAGAGAAGUUCCGCAUCUCCACCAGCGUGACAGCAGGCACAGAGGUGACUUUUUCCUUGGCCUAUGAAGAACUGCUGCAGCGGCACCAGGGCCAGUACCAGCUGGUGGUCAGCCUAAGGCCAGGACAAUUGGUAAAAAGGCUGAGUGUAGAGGUCACAGUGUCAGAAAGGACAGGCAUCGCCUAUGUGCAUGUACCACCUCUGAGGACCAGCCGCCUGCAUACCAACGCCCACACAAGUGUGGCUGACUCGCCCCCAUCCACCAGGAUCGAGAGGGGACAGACCUGUGUUCGGAUCACCUUCUGCCCGACACUGCAAGACCAGUCUGCCUUCUCCAGCUCAGGCAUCAUGGCCGACUUUGUGGUCCAGUACGAUGUGGCAAUGGAGGAUGUCAUUGGGGACGUUCAGGUUUACGAUGGCUAUUUCAUUCAUUACUUCGCCCCCAGAGGCCUCCCGCCUGUCGAGAAGGACGUGGUGUUUGUUAUUGACGUGAGCGGCUCCAUGUUUGGUACCAAGAUCAAGCAGACUAAAAAGGCCAUGAAUGUGAUCCUCGGUGACCUGCAGGCCAACGACUACUUCAACAUCAUCUCCUUUUCUGACACAGUUAGUGUCUGGAAAGCUGGAGGCUUGAUCCAGGCCACCAACCAGAAUGUCCACAGUGCCAAGGACUACUUGGGUCACAUGGAAGCUGAUGGUUGGACCGACAUCAACGCAGCUCUGCUGGCAGCUGCUUCAGUGCUGAACCAUAGCAACCAGGAACCCGGGAGGGGCCCCAAUGUGGGGAGGAUCCCUCUUAUCAUCUUCCUGACAGAUGGGGAACCUACGGCCGGCGUGACAACCCCCAGUGUGAUCCUCUCCAACAUCCGUCAAGCAUUAGGCCACAGGGUGUCCCUUUUCAGUUUGGCCUUUGGGGAUGAUGCUGACUUCCCACUGCUGCGUCGCCUGUCCCUGGAGAACCGGGGUAUAGCCCGGCGCAUAUAUGAGGACACUGAUGCAGCUCUACAGCUGGAGGGACUCUACAAGGAGAUCUCCAUGCCUCUGCUGGCAGAUGUGCGUCUGGACUACCUGGGUGGCUUGGUUGGGGCCUCCCCUUGGGCCCUUUUCCCCAACUACUUUGCUGGCUCGGAGCUGGUGGUGGCAGGCCAGGUGCAGCCAGGUGAGCAAGAGCUAGGCAUCCACCUGGCAGCCCGUGGCCCCAAGGGUCAGCUUCUUGUAGCCCGCCACAGCGAAGGGGCCACCAACAGCAGCCAGAAGGCCUUUGGUUGCCCAGGGGAGCCAUCUCCCAAUGUGGCCCAUUUUAUCCGCCGCCUCUGGGCCUAUGUCACCAUUGGAGAGCUUCUGGAGGCACACUUCCAAGCUCGUGACACCACCACUCGCCACCUGCUGGCUGCCAAAGUCCUCAACCUGUCCCUUGAAUACAACUUUGUCACACCUCUGACUUCACUGGUCAUGGUGCAGCCCAAGGAGGACAGUGAGGGGGUCAGGAGACAGACCUUCACCACAGCUGGGCCAAGCACCAUCAUGCCCUCACCCAGCAGUAGGCAUGGGCUAGGGACAAGCACACCUCAGCCAGCCGUAGUGCCCAAGAUCUCCCCAAAAUCAAGGCCUGCAAAACCAAAGUUCUACUUAUCCUCCACUGCUACUGCCUCUACCAAGAAGAUGCCCAUUUCCAAGGAGUUGGAGCCAAUGGGCCAGAGUCCUAGUACCCUACCAACCCCAGCACACCCAAAGCCCAAACUGCCAACCCAACAGAAUUCUAGCAUCUUGGCCCAGCCAACUCUCAGGACAAAAUCUGCUGUCCUUCUGCCCUCAAAUUCUGGUGUUCUAUUGCCUCUGAAGCCCAGCACUCCAUCACACCAGAAUCCUGGUAUCGUAUUACCUGUGAAUUCUAAGAUGCAAGUCCCACCUCUGAAUCCUGGCACCCCAACCCAGCCCAAAGCUGGUACUAUGAAACAUGUUACUCCACUGCAUUCCAAACCUGGUGCUCCAUUACACCCCCAGCCUGGGGUACAUGCAGCACAGUCACCCAAAGGCCUGCCACAGCCCAGACCUGGAGACUCCACACUUCAGAUCCCCAAACACUCACCACACACCAGACCUAGGGUUCCUGCUCCCAAGACUCCAAACAAACUGCCACACCCCAGACCUGGGAUUCUGUUACCCAAAACCCCUAAAAUCCAAUCACCUCUUAAACCUAGUGCCCCACUGCACCAAACUUCCACAAGCUUAUCAGUUUCCAAGCCUGGGAUCCCAAUGCCCCAUACACCCCAAAUUCCACUUCCCCCUAGACCUGCCAGACCCAGGCCCCCACCUCCUCAGAGCCUAAGUACAUUCCCAAACACAGUCUCAAGUCCCACAGGUCCCAGCAGUACCAUAACCACCUCUGUCCUUGGAGAACCCCUCCCUACCCCCUUUACCCCCACCCUGCCCACUGGAAGACUUUGGCAUCAGCGUGACCUGCUGCUGGGGCCUCAGAACAGCAGGAAAGUCCUGGGACCAUCUGGGCCAGGAGUCCCAACAAUGAGCCUACUCAACACCUCCAGGCCUACGACAGAAGGCAGCCCUCCAAACCUGCCGAUCUUGCUGCCGCCUUCCAGCACCUUCCCUGAGGCCAUCAGUCUGCUCCUUCUCCCUGAGGAGCUAGAGCUGCUGUCUGAGUCAAUGGUGGAGUCCAAGUUUGUGGAGUCCUUGAACCCACCAGCUUUCUAUACCUUCCUCACUCCUGAUGAAGAUGGAAGCCCACGUUGGGAUGGCGAUUCUGAGGAGAUCCUGAGAGGAGCUGGAGGCAGCAUGGAAUCCCAGGGAAAUUCUGUGGGGCUAGCAAAAGGCACGUCUCCAAGCAUAUUCACCUUCUCCUCCUCAGUGGAUGGGGACCCCCACUUUGUGAUCCACAUCCCACGCUCAGAAGAGAGGAUCUGCUUCACACUAGAUGGGCGCCCAGGGGACCUGCUGCAGCUCAUAGAGGACCCGAAGACAGGGCUGCAUGUGACUGGGAAGCUGCUCGGGGCACCAUCAAGGCCAGGCCACAAGAACCAGACCCGCACCUACUUCCAGAUCAUCACAGUCACUACAGGCAAACCCCAGGCCUACACCAUCAUCAUCAGCCGCAGUUCCAUAUCUGUGCGAGGUGAGGGUACCUUGCGCCUGUCCUGGGACCAGCCUGCCCUGCUGCGGAGGCCCCACCUGAAGCUCCAUAUGGCUGCUGCAGGCCGCCUCACCCUACGCCUUGGGCCAUACCUUGAGUUCCUAGUCCUCAGGCAUCGCUACAGACACCCCAGCACCCUGCAACUAUCCCACCUGGGGUUCUACGUGGUCAAUGGCUCUGGCCUCAGCCCCUCGGCCCGUGGACUGAUGGGGCAGUUCCAGAACGCAGAUAUCUGGCUGGCAACAGGGCCUACGGGGCCAUGCCUGCGGAGGCCCCAUGGCCCAGAUGUGCCUGUGCUUCUAGGCAAGAGGCUGCUGAAGGAUUCACCAAGGCUGCUGCCCCGGUGGGCUUCCUGCUGGCUGGUGAAGCGUUCUCAUGUAGAGCAGCUACUGGGCCACCCCUAUUUGGCCUAUGUCCUGUAAUGGCUCUUGAGCUCCAGAGCC